UUGCUCAAUACCCGUACGGGGAAAUUCGAGACUUUCACCGACCCGCAGACAGUCGAUUAUGCCAUCCUCUCUCACGUAUGGACCAAGGAGACAUCAGGUCGACUCGCCGAGCAGGACCACCAGGACAUCAUUCGUCUCCAGCAACAAUCAUCCGAUCCCAAUUCGAGCAUCCUCGUUAACGAGAGACUUUCUCCGAAGAUACGACAGGCUUGCGAGCUCGCAAAGGCGGACGGUUACGAGUGGAUCUGGAUCGACUCCUGCUGCAUCGACAAAGUGAGCAGCACCGAGCUGUCUCGGUCGAUCAACUCCAUGUACGACUGGUAUCGCUACGCCUCGAUUUGCUACGCCCACCUUGCCGAUGUCGACGAUGGCGAUGCGGCGGCGACCGAUGCUCCCGAUCGACCUUCUGAAGCUCAGAUUGUUCGGUUCCGCCAGAGUGCAUGGUUCACUCGCGGCUGGACGCUCCAGGAGCUCAUCGCGCCCUCUAUGGUCGUCUUUCUAUCCAAGAACUGGCGACGGAUAGGCACAAAACACACGCUGGCUGCGGUCAUAGAGGACGUGACCUCCGUCGAUCGUCAGGUUCUACGGGGCCAGAGACCUCUAUCAGAUGUCUGCGUCGCUCAAAGGAUGGCAUGGGCCUGGAACCGGAGGACGACGAUGGAGGAAGACAAGGCUUAUUGUCUUGUAGGUAUCUUCGGAGUACAGCUGGCGCCGAUGUACGGAGAAGGCCACAAUGCGUUCGUGCGGCUUCAGGAGGAGAUCCUCAAACACAUACCAGAUCAGACCAUCUUUGCUUGG